AAGACACGCUCUGCAUUGAUUGUGCAUAUACAUUGGCUCACGUGGUCUCGCUGCCGCGGCCCAGCAUUCCUGGAAAACCAUUACACCGUUGGGCAGCCGCAGCGCGCACCAAAACCUACAAGCGGCAUGGCUGCUAUACAGCAGGUGCUGGAGGACUAGAAACUAAGAGCGCAAGCGUCAUAUGGGCGCCGGCGCCUCGGCGAGCCAGGUGCGCGAGCACGUCGAGGGCCUGGGCAAUGCGUACCAGCCCUACGGCACGACGCUCGAAGACAACGGCGUCGACGGCGCGCUCGUCGAAGAACUCGCGCACGACGACCGCGCCGGCGUGAACGCGACCUUUGACGACCUGGGCAUCACGAACAAGCUGCACCGGCGCAAGCUGCUGCAGGCGGCGCGGGCGCAGCACGGCGUCCAGCCCGACCGGCCCCGCAGCGGAUCCUCGAUUGGCUCCGUCGAGGGCCCGGCCAUCGCCGUCGCCGAGGACCUGCUCGCGGAAGCGGCGCCCGCCGUCGCGGCCGUCGCCGUCGACGCGGCGCCGGCGCCGCGGUCGCGCUCGAAUUCCCACACGACGCCGCGCACGCCGACGACGGCGACGUGGACCGUGAACUUGGCCUGGGAAGGCCCGGUGGAUCUGGAUCUCGCCGCGGCCGUGUUCGGGGAGCGCGGCACGUUCUUGUCGCUGGCUGUGUGGAAAUCAACCAGUGUGUCGGGUGCACCCGACAAUUCUUCAGUAAGUCAUUUCUCGGCGAUGACGCGGCCGUCCUGGCUCGGUCGAGCGGCGAGGACCCGGCAUCGCCACGCCAUCGAGCAGGCGUCGCGUCGAUGGCGUGGAGGACGACGCGAUGAUUCAGCACCCGGCAUCGCCACGCCAUCGAGCAGGCGUCGCAUCGAUGGCGUGGAGGACGACGCGAUGAUUCAGCACGAACGCGCCGUAAAAUUUUGAUUUCCACACAGGUCGCUGGUGUACUACGCGAACACGGAGGCGAUGAACCGGGGCGUCGUGCACUCGGGCGACGCCAAAGGAGGCCAGGGCCAGUCGCAGGAGACCAUCGUCGUGCGACCCGCGGCGCUGGAUCCGCGCGCGACCGCCAUUGUGUUGUUUGCGCGCGUGCACGACGACGGCGCCUCGCUCGGGCAAGUGACGUCGGCCGCGGUGAAUCUGACGGGCACCGACGUGACAGUCCAGCCGCUGGCGCACCACGCGACCGCGCGCGCCGCCGUCGUGUGCCGCAUGUUCCGCGACCGGCCGCGGGCGCCGUUCUGCGUCGAGACGCUGGACGCGCCGUUCGACGAUAGCGAUUUGGCGUCGCUCGUGCCGCGGUGCCAGAACCUGCUGCGAGACGUCGUGGAUGUGUCGGCGAACGCGGACUGCAAGCUCGUGCUGCUGGACAAAGGCGGGUUGCUGCCGGUCGAGGGCACGCACUUCAAACUCGGAUUGGGCUGGGAUCCGGCGGAGGAGGGCGCUCCCAUGGACCUGGACGUGGGCUGCGUGUUGCUGGACAAGGACGGCAUCUACAACAAUUUCGUGUAUUUUCACCAGCAGUCGGCGCCCGGCGUGGAGCACUCCGGCGACAAUCGGACGGGCUUUGGCGACGGCGACGACGAGUGGCUGCGGUUUUCGUUGAAUGACCUGGAUCCGGCCGUCGAAACCAUCUCCAUCGCCAUCUCGGCCUAUUCGGGCUCGUUCAUGGCCGUGAAGAACGCCUUCUGUCGGCUCGUGGACGAGGACCGGGGCGUCGAGGUCGCGCGGUGGGAGCUCAGCGGCAUGUUCGAGGAGACCUCGCUGGUGGUCUGCAAAUUGUAUCGGGACGCGGGCUGGUGGAAGGUCUUCGUGAUCGGCGAGCCGAUCGGCGGGCGGUCCAUCGUCGACUUCUUCUUCACGGACACCUACGGGCCCAUGGCCGAGCUGCGGGAGCAGUUCAAGCGCGUCGCGCGCAUCGCCUACUCGGACGCGCAGUUCUUUAAGGUGUGCGCCGAGCGGGAAGGGUACGGGCAGUUGUCGGUUACGAAGGAUUAG